AUGCGGUCCCUGAGGAAGACCGGUGCUGCUGGUGCUGUGCUGGUGUCGGUGGUGCUGGUCCUCGCUCUCCUGCACUCCUGGCCCUCUCGUGGUUACUCCACGGUGGACGUGUGGCAGCGGCGCGGUGCCCUGCACCAGGAUGACAGGUUCAACGACCACCAUCUCAGCGCCAUCCCCAUCCGUGUCCGGGACUCUGUGGCUGGGCUCUUGUCCCGGAACAGCUGUGUAUGUGAAGGAGACAGUGGAGGCCUGAACCUGCCUUUCUCUCAGCUGCUGUUUCCCAGAGUCUCCGCUCACUCCCUUCACACCUCAUUCAGACCCUCAGAGCUGGAGGAGCUCAAAAGGAGGCGUGCCCACGAGUUCGAGAGCUACCAGAGGAGAGCUCAGACGGCAGCUGACCUGCUCCUUAUCGCUGAGGCCAACAGUCCACUGCAGUUCCCCACACAGGGAGUGGAGGUGCGGCCACUCAAGACCAUCAUCAUCCCAGGUCUGGCACUGCACGACAGCCCCAGAGACCUCUAUACAGUGAACCUGACGGCUGGCCUUGGGACUCUGAACGUGGCGGCGGAGGUGGAGGCCGUGAGACUGAGAGGAGACGGCGAUAGUCACAUGACCAUCACAAGCUCCGCCCUCAACAGCCUAAAUCGACAGUUGCAGUUUGUGACGUACACAAACACACAGUUCCAUCCCAGUACAGCUGACACAGUUCAAUUUGAAACAGACCGACAUCAGGCCUCAUUCAUCAUCAAGAUCCGACACAGCACCACCCCCAAACUAUACAACACUGGAUCUUCACAAGAGUACAACGUGAGUGCUCUGGUGACAAUAGCCACAAAGACAUUCCUUCGGUACGAUAAACUUCAGGAUUUGAUUGACAGCAUUCGGAAGUUCUACCCCACAGUUACCAUAGUGAUCGCAGACGACAGCGAGAAUCCUCAGAGCAUAUCCGGACCCUUCAUCGAGCAUUACAUCAUGCCCUUCGGAAAGGGCUGGUUCGCUGGGAGGAACUUGGCCGUGUCUCAAGUGACCACUAAGUACGUCCUGUGGGUGGAUGACGACUUCAUCUUCAGCUCAAACACCAAACUGGAGAAACUGGUGGACGUGUUGGAGAGGACCACCCUGGACCUGGUGAGAUGCAACACCUCUGUUUUCUUCCAAUCGGGAGGAAAGUAA